CCUUUCACUGUUUCCACGCCUUCAGCAAACGGGCGCAGGCGCGAGGAAAACAGGGCUCUUGUGAUGUUCACGCGCUCCGAGCGGCUCAGUGUUUGGCUUUGAAACAUGAAGCAGCAGAGGCGCAUUCGAGAAUGAAGGUGAUGAUUCUGCAUUUGCCCUGACAGCCUGUGCUGGCGAUGGAGGCAUCCAGCGUGCCUGCAGAGCUGUGGCGCCUCAUCCUGGCCUAUCUACCCCUGGCUGACUUGGGCCGUUGUUGCCUGGUAUGCCAUGCAUGGCGGGAACUCAUACUGAGCCUGGAUAGCACGCGCUGGCGCCAGCUGUGUCUGGGCCUUCCAGAGUGGCGGCAUCCAAAUUGGCCACGCCGACCUCACCUGGCACCGCCAUCCUGGCGCGAGGCACUACGCCAGCAGGCACUGGCCAGCCGCACAUGGACACAGAAUGGAGCUGAGCUCCACUCAUCUACCUGCCUGCACCUGUUCCGGCGCAGGAAGGACAGGAAAGUGUGGCAUGUGGGCUCCGUGCCUGGGCAUGGCUAUGAGACACUGAGAGGGGCACUGGCGACUGCAGGGCCAUAUGAUAGACUGUUGCUUCACCCGGGUAUAUAUGAGGAGCAGGCAGAGGUGACUUUAAAAGUCCCUGUUGAGAUUGUGGGAAUGGGGAAGCUUGGGGAUGUGGCUUUGCUGGUGAGCUUUGAUCAGCAGUGUCUGACUGCCAGGCUAUGUAAUUUAGUUCUGAUGCCAGCCUGGUUCUCACCAGUGGUGUAUAAAACAUCUUCAGGUCAUGUCCAAUUGGACAACUGCAACUUCGAAGGCUGCCAGUUGCAUGUCAGAGGACCGGGCACCUGCCAGGCUCGCUUCUGUUCAUUCGCCCAAGGCAGCUCUGCUCACUUUCUGGGUGUGGCCAUCAGUCUAUUGGACAGCUGUGAGUUUUCCGGUGGCGACUCUGCCUCUGUCACUGUGGAAGGUCCACCGGUUUCUGAGCGCAACUGGGCUUGUAGACACCUGGCCGCUUUGGCCAAAAUGUUAACUGUCUCAACCAUGUCUACUCGUGGUCAGGACGCCAAAGACAACUUGGGUGGAGUCAGUCCCAGAGAUUCUCCCCUAGAGGACUGGACUAAACAGGACAUAGACUGGGAAAGUAGCUGGACCAAAUCGAAACCCCUUAAUGGUGGUCUGCUUUCAGGCCAGGAGGGCACGAUGAUCGAGGACGACAGCAUGGACACUUCGAGCGAUUCUGGCGACGAUGAAAAAAUUGAGAAUGGAAAUAAUCUGGGUUACACGCUCUCCUACGAGGAGCAUGGUCUUGCGCACCUCUCGGAGCCAAGAAAGCCUGAUUUUUCUAUGUUUCCUGUGCUGCUGUGUCUAAGUGCAGAGCUGCAGAGGGAUGCGGAGGCACAAGAGCUGUCAAAUUCGGUGCAAGGGUGCUUACUGCGCCACUGCCUGCUGCGUGACGGCAAAGGGGGCGUUCAUCUGUGUAACCACGCCCAGGCGAGACUGGAAGCCAACGUGUUUCGAGGACUCAACUAUGCAGUGCGCUGCAUCCAGUAUGCCAAGAUGGUGAUGUUGCGCAAUGAAGUGAGUGGGUGUCGAGCAUCUGGUGUUUUCUUGCGGCUCUCCGCUCAAGGCCUCAUCGCUGAGAACAAUAUCCACUCAAACGGUGAAGCAGGACUAGACAUACGCAAAGGAGCCAAUCCUAUAAUCCUGUGUAACAGAAUCCAUAGCGGCCUACGUUCUGGGAUCGUCGUCCUGGGCAACGGGAAAGGAUCCAUCCGCAGCAACCAGAUCUACGGCAACAAAGAGGCCGGAGUCUACAUUCUUUACAACGGGAAUCCUGUGGUCAGUGGAAAUCACAUAUUCCAAGGUCUUGCUGCUGGCAUCGCCGUUAACGAGAACGGAAGAGGACUGAUUACUGAAAAUGUGAUUAGGCAGAAUCAAUGGGGUGGUGCGGACAUCCGCCGAGGAGGAGAUCCAGUCCUGCGCAAUAACUUCAUCUGCCAUGGCUACUCUGACGGCGUGGUGGUCGGGGAGAGAGGAAAGGGCCUCAUCGAGGGCAAUCACAUUUAUGGCAACAGGGGUUGUGGUGUGUGGGUGAUGUUAUCGAGUCUCCCGCAGCUGAUCGGAAACUUCAUAACCCAUAACCGCAUGUAUGGGCUGGCAGUGUUCUGCCGGAAGGACCCUGCAUUUUUAGCAGGCAGUGAGCGAGGAGGAGGAGGUGGAGGAGGAGGAGAGCGGGAGAGAGGAGGCCAGGAGAACUUUCACGAUGAAGGCGAGCUGCUAGCAUGGGAGAGCGACAUGGACAGUGAGGAUGAACGUUUUUCAACUCGCCGUCCAAUCACUGUGGCUUUAGUUGAGAAUAACUGCAUAAGCAAAAACGGAGCAGUGGGUGUGUAUGUGAAAAGCAGUGAGGCGCUGAACGUGGUGGGAAACAUGGUGGCGAGCAACCGGGCGGCGGGCGUGGCUAUCGUUCAGAGCGCUCAGCUGACCCGACUCGUCAGCAACUGCGUCCACGGUAACGGAAGAUCCGGAAUCACGAUAGACCGAGAAUGUCGAGUGGAGCUGCGAGGUAAUGGCAUUUACGGUAACAGGUACCAUGGUGUGUGCUUCCGUGGUGAGGGGCAGAUCGUGGAAAACGAUGUGACUGGAAACGGGGCCAUUGGAAUAGGGCUGAUGGAAAGCGCAGAUGUAAAAGUUCUGAGGAAUCGUGUGCAAUCUUUGCGGGGUUGUGCCAUCUCUGUGAAAGAGCAGGUACGAGGUGUGAUCCAGGAAAACCUGGUGUACCAGGGCUACCCUGACAACAACAAACCCCACAUAUACGCUGACCCCCUCAACCAAGAGUGUGUGGUGCUCAGCAAUACUCUGCUCACACACAGAUCAAACACAAGCUGGGUUCUGGAAAACCCUCCUCCUCGUCCUCUCGGGAGCAAUCCACCAAGCUCUGCGCCUUCAUCGCGCCCUGCCCACCUCGCCAUUAGCAUGACCAGCAGAAUCACUGCUACGGUAGAGAGCGGCUGCCAUAACAAUGGCAGCAUCUUCUGCUGCAUUCUAUGAGGGACUAAAGACACUUUUUCAUGCAGCAAUGGAAAUUAGGUGUUGGAUUGAAAAGCACUUAGGGACACUGUCCUAACUCAAGGAACUUCCUAUUUUAGUCACCAAGAAACCUGGUAACUAGUAACUGGGUCUGGAAAAACCCACUGGAUGUAAAACUUUACUAGCUAAGCAUAAGGUUUGUACAUCAAAUGCCAUGCUUUGAACCAGUUGUUAGAUAGCAGUGGAUUUGUAGUGAAAUGACUAAACUGAUUGUUUGUAAUCAUGAUUAAACAUGUUUUCCCAGGUUACCAGUUACAUGUAAAAGAUGCUGUACAUUAGCUCUUGUGUUCGGAUCAGAUAUUCUGCCAAUUGACUUACUUCUCCAACACAUGGGACAAGAAGAUGAAUUUGAAAUACAACUUUCUGUAUUGGAAUAGACUCAAAACUUGUUAGAGGGAAGGAUGUGAUGCAUAAAACUGGUCUUAGAAGUUUAGUUUAAACCAUUCACAUGAAAUUCAUUCUUGAUCAUUGAAGCUGAAAUUCUUUUUUUGUGGAACCUAAAAUUGAAACAUCCUAAUGUAGAAUGGGUUUGUAAAAUUCUAUUUUAUUUUUGGGUCAUCAUAGAUACUUGCACAUACUGUAAAUCUUGGAUAGUCAUACAUUGUCUGUACCAACUUUAGAACCAGCCUCUAGGUUUCUGACCAGAGCGGCUGAAACUGAUGCACAGCACAUGGUUUCCUCCCUCAUUUGUCCCGAGUGACAGACCCGGCCCAGAAUAGUUCGUAAACAGGUGAGGUGCACUGUGGGAAUUCCAAGUCCUGCACGUUCCUGUGGCGGCUCUCCUGCCUAAACGACCGACGGAACAUUGGCAUAACAGUCUCCACCACAGCAUGAGGUGAUGUUAUUCAGCCUCAGCAUGGUCCUUUGAGGUUCAUGCUGCUGCACUCAUUUCAGAUCUAUUCCACCCCCCCUUUCCCUUUUGCAACCUGGCAACUGCUCAGUAAACAAGUGGUAGGUCAGUUAUGGCUCAGUGGUUAAGAUGUCUAAGCCGUCUACUUCGAUUUGUAUUCUGUCUCGAUUGUAAAUCCCUCUGCCAAAUGUACAAAUGCAAUGAAAACCUUAGUAGUGACAAUCUUAAGAAUUUUAAUAUUUUUUAUUUUGUUAAACUCAUUGAAAAGUAACCUAUUUGGACCAUUAAGUGUGUCAAAAUAUUUUCUCAACUAUAUUACCAUUGUAAAAAAAAGUUCUAUAUUUUUCCCCCUUUAUCUUAAAUAGUGCAAUAGUGAUGUCUUAUAUGUGCAUAUUUUUACUGUAUGACUAUUUUUUAUACAUGUUGUACAGAAUGAUAAAUGUCAUUUCAAAUGUG